AUGAGGAACCAAGAUACACCGGUGAGUGAAGAAUAUUCUGCUGAUUAUGUGUUAAUAUUGCCAUUGAAGUCGAAUCAGAAACGGCAAGAAGAAGUGGCAGCUGCAGAACCACUGGAAUCAACCACCCCCAAUUCCAACAACUCCACAAUAUGGGUUGCUGAUUGGUUUGCUAAGCUUAAUAACAACAUUGGUGGAGAUUUGAAAGAAAUUGAAGAGCUAAAAGAAAGACGCCUUCAGAAUUUAGGAGCUGCUGAGGUGGAUAAUAGAUUUAAAAAACCAGGAUUGUUUAACGCCCCGAGAUAUAAUGAUACACCGCUUAAUCGUGAACAAAAAGAGAAAAUUCUGCAAAACAUGGAAGAUUGUGUAGUACAACACAUUUGA